AAAGAGUUGCGUGACUUUGUGUAGUCGGGUUUUUUGUUCAGGUUGAGGUUGUUUUGUGUAGAUUUUGGUUUUAAAUAUUUUCCAAUUCGUUGGGUUUGUCAGUGAGUUAUAUUAUUCAAUGUGCACGCGAACUAUCGGAUAAAGACGCGCACGUUUAUCAUAAAGGAGGAUUUAAAGUCCAAAUGAGUCGCUACUUUACCAGACUGCGCAUGCGCAGAACAUACACGUGGCCCGGAAACCCGAUCAGUGAAGACAGGAAGCUGAAGAGACUUUAUCAUGAGUCGUUGACUAUAUCUGUGGAAGGUAGGCCGGUGGACGCCAUGGUGUCAGUCGGUCAGUGCAUCCUGAUCGAGGGAGAUGACGACGACAAUCCCUAUGUCGCGCAGCUCCUUAAACUUUUCCGUGAUGAGACGGGGAAGCGGAUGAGGGCGGUGGUGCAGUGGUUCGUGCGGGUGUGUGAAAUACCCCAAAACAAAAGGAAGCUCCUGGGCCGGGAUCCACAUCCACAAGAAGUUUUUUACUACCAGGAUCGCUCCUGUGAUAAUGAGGUGGACGCUGAGACUAUCCUGGGAGCGGUACAGAUUAAACACAUUCCUGCUGAGGCUCCUUUCCCAGACGAUGAAAGCAAAAACACUCUUUUUGUUAAACUAACCUGGGACGGCAAAAAGUUUCAAGUCAUGAAUCCCGAGUUGAUUAACCCUCCCGCUCCUCCUCAAAGUCCCGAAUCUCCACCCCCGCCCCAGCUCUCAUUACGACUCCGCGCUCUCCCCACCCCGGACCCUAGCGUGAUGAAGCGGGCCAUGUCCGGCGUGAUGACCCGCGGCAGCAUGAGCACCGGCAAGCUGGGGUCCAACGAAGCAGAGUCGGCUCACUCCGCCUCCAAACUGUCGGCCGCUAAACUCCUGAACGUGAAGCGGAGAGGCCGAGUCUCCUCCAACCCAAACAUCCGCAAGAAGCUCGACCUGUGCAGUCCGGCGAAGAAGCUGACCAGAGACGAUGUUCUUGGGGAGAUUUUGGAUGGUGACCAGGACACCGAGGACGAGUUGGCCAGCAAACUGGGCGCUUCUCCACCUCGUCGCAUCUCCAUUUCCAUCCGUCUGACCCCACUCCCGAUGACGGUCACCAGCAAGUCUUCCCCUUUGGAGGACAAUCUGUCCAUCCAGCCUCUUCAAAGCCCCAGUAAACCCACUGCUUCUGAGGACGCUUCCAGCAGGGACUGGCUCGGGGUCGAGCCUCUGGAAGACGACGUGUUCGAGUCCGAGUUGCUAAUCAGUAAAGGCAGAACUCCUCGUAGGAGAGAGGCCACGCCCAGAAGAGCUGGUCUGAGGGGGAACAACUCGAGAACUCCAUCGAGGAAGAGAGACUCGGCGGCAGUCCGAGAGCCUGCCCUCGCUGUGCUGGCUGAAGAAGAGCACGAAGACUCGCCUCUGCAGACUACCACCACUCCACGCUCCAAGAGGAAAUCCGCCCAGCUUGUGUCGUCUCGCAUUCGAAAGCAGCUGAACAUGCUGACUACACACGGCGAGCUGCAGUCUGAUGGAGAAGACGCGGAGGACGACGGCUGCUUCGUGCCCUCUAAGAUCGAUCUGGAGAGCAGCAGUGACGAGGAAGAGGAGGCGAAAAUGGACAGCGAGGACGAGCUGGUGGUGAAGAGGAGUAGGCGCUCGGCAGGUCCGAGAACUCCGUCGGGUGAAAAGACUCGGGCUUCAGCGAGAACCCCUCGCAAAACCCCGAACAAGAAGUCUGCUCCUCCGACUCCCCGUACACCUCGACACGCCACUCCCAGCAUUCCCAGCAGAAGUCUGCCAGCCAGGAAGCCUGGGAAUGUAUUGGAGGAAGCAAGGGCAAGGUUACAUGUAUCAUCAGUUCCCGAUUCUCUUCCAUGUCGAGAGCAGGAGUUCCAGGACAUCUACAACUUUGUAGAGAGCAAGAUCAUGGACGGGACUGGAGGGUGUAUGUACAUCUCGGGCGUUCCCGGCACGGGGAAGACGGCCACGGUGCACGAGGUGAUCAGGUCACUGCAGCAGGCAGCAGAGCAGGAGGAGAUCCCUUCGUUUCACUACAUAGAGAUCAACGGCAUGAAGAUGACCGAUCCGCACCAGGCCUAUGUUCAGAUUCUGCAGAAACUUACAGAUCAAAAAGCGACGGCGGACCAUGCUGCUGCCCUGCUGGAGAAACGCUUCAGCAUGCAAGCGCCAAAGAAAGAGACCACAGUGCUGCUGGUGGAUGAGCUGGACCUUUUAUGGACGAGGAAGCAGAACGUCAUGUAUAAUUUAUUCGACUGGCCGACGAGACGGCAUGCCCGCCUGGUGGUCCUGACCAUCGCCAACACUAUGGACCUGCCUGAGAGGAUCAUGAUCAAUCGUGUGGCCAGUCGCCUGGGGCUGACGCGCAUGUCUUUCCAGCCGUACACUUUUAAACAGCUACAGCAAAUCAUCACAUCUCGCCUGAACAGAGUAAAAGCCUUCGAAGAAGACGCUCUUCAGCUCGUCUCGAGAAAGGUUGCGGCUCUGUCAGGUGAUGCGCGCCGCUGUCUGGAUAUCUGCCGACGCGCCACCGAGAUCUGCGAGCACUCCAGUCAGAAGGGUGCCGUCGGAUUGGUUGGAAUGAGUCAUGUGAUGGAAGCCUUGGACGAAAUGUUCUCUUCGUCGUACAUCACAGCUAUCAGGUGUGCCUCGCUGCAGGAGCAGCUCUUCCUGAGAGCCGUGAUUGCAGAGUUUCGCCGGCUGGGUCUUGAAGAGGCCACCUUUCAGCAGGUGUUUGUCCAGCACCAGGCCCUGUGUCGGGUGGAAGGCCUGCAGCCGGUCAGCGUGUCCGAGAGCCUGGCUGUGUGUCAGAGGUUAGGAGCUUGUCGUCUGCUCCUGCUCGAGCCCAGCCGUCUGGAUCUGCUUCUCCGUGUGCGCCUUAAUCUCAGCCAGGAUGAUGUGCUGUAUGCCCUGAAGGCAGACUGAGACUGCAUGUGUGCAAUGCUAACUUUAAAUUUUUUUGGGGAAAAGAUGAAAUGGAGGACACGCUAAGUUGGAUUUAGACCGAGUGCCACUACGUGAUAGUGCUUGAUUAAAAGGAUCAGAUCAGCUGCUCUCUAUAGAGAGUUAGUUCAGUUUCUUUCAAUGUACAUUAGAUACAAGAUCCUUGAUACAAGAUUAGAAAUUUUUUUUUUUUUUUUUGCUUUUUAGACUUUUAGACUCACAAGUGGCAUUAAGCACAUAAUGCUUUGUAUGUAAAAUAUUUUUUUACAUUGAAUCCAGGUUUCUAAUCAAGUUAAUUCCCUGUUGCAUUGGUGGUGAACACAAAAUAGACUAAUCACAACUAAAGAAAUGUUUUUAACAUCGGAGAGCAAGCCUCCCCUUAUUCUGUGUUCAGUGCUAAUCGUCUGGUAAAGUCUGUCCGAAUAUGUGUGUGUGUGUGAGAGAUGAUUUUGUUGUUCUGCUUUCAGGAGCCAAGUAAUAUUAUAUUAUCUUUAUGAUUUUAGUUUUAAUAUUCUUGAACUGAAAAUAAAGCUAUCAAAAAGAAAAUUGAGUUAUGAUGUGAUCUGCUUAAGUUGUUAUUGCAGUUAAUUAGAUAAAACAUGUUUUUUAGCCUGAAUGUGGCUUGUGGGGACUUAGUAAGAAACUAAAACCAUCGACUCAUUACUUUCUGUUCAUGGAGAAGUGGUCAAACCAAAGCUUAUGUAAAUGACUGCAGCAAGACAAAAAAGGAAAAAUAUCGUUGGGGGUGUUGUAGCUGUGACUCAACUUGUAUUACUUUGUGCGUUAUCAAUUUUAAUCAAACGUAAACAAAUAAGAAGUGCAAUAUUAUUAAUAUACUGUACACUGCUACACAAGAAUCGUGCCACUUCAGCUCUAAUGUCCUUUUACCUAAAAAAAAAAAGGGAACAAUUUCAAGUAAAUGAUAAAAUUUAAGGGGUGUCUCUCCUUCAGUGAU